CCAGAGGAGGGCUGUGCUGUGUAGGCUGUAGUCUACAUAAGAUCGCUGCCUGCGGGGCUGGACACACACACCGCCGACUGCAGCCGGAGCUUGCAUCUACCUUCCAGACGCACUUGAUUUAUGAGGAAAGCAUAAAUCCGGGACAGUCUGACGGCUACCUUGGGAUCUCUCCAGCGACCCCUCCUCCUCUCAUUAGACCACCUCGGACCACGGAUGCGGAGAGCAGCAACGAUGCGGCGGCUCCGCUGUUAACUCGUUGGACCCCUCUCUCUAUCUCUCUCUCCCACCCUCUCUCUCUCUCUCUCUCUCUGUUUCUGCCGGUGUUAUCAUCCACAAUGAAGCUCAAGCCGAACCAGACCAGGACAUACGAUGGCGAGGGCUUCAAGAAGCGAGCGGCGUGUCUGUGCUUCAAGAAUGAACGCGAGGAGGAGGUGCUGCUGGUCAGCAGCAGUCGGCACCCGGACCAGUGGAUCGUCCCCGGGGGUGGGAUGGAGCCCGAAGAGGAGCCGUGUGGUGCCGCAGUGCGAGAGGUGUUCGAGGAGGCUGGUGUGAAGGGCAAGCUCGGACGUCUGCUUGGUGUUUUUGAGCAAAACCAGGAUCGGAAGCACCGGACGUACGUGUACGUGUUGACUGUCACAGAAACUCUGGAGGCCUGGGAGGACUCUGUUAACAUAGGCCGCAAGCGGGAGUGGUUCACCGUGGAUGAGGCCAUCAAAGUGCUGCAGAGCCACAAACCCGUCCACGCUGAGUACCUGCGGAGGCUCCAGCUCAGCUGCUCCCCAACCAACGGAAACUCCAUCCUCCCGAGCCCACCGCCGAACGACAACUACCCCCAUUACAGCGCCACCGCCACCACCCCCUCAACGGGCAGCGUGUUGGGCACCUCCUGCAGAUAGGACUGCACCGAAACCUUGUGUCCUGUCGGCUUGGACAGUUCACUGGAAGUCUGUACAGUCUUGCAUGAAUCCAAUGACUUUUCAGAGCCAUGGCUCUCCUGUACGUAUCAUUUCUAGUCUUAGCUGCAGGACAGACCAAAGCCAUCUCCAGAACUGUGUAAAAGACUCGAGCAACCGAGUGGGAGACAUCUCUGACAGACAAACUGUGGAUACAGCUAUCUCAAGAACACUUUUUCUUUUGCUGGCAAACACCAGACUGAUGAGCUGAAGCUUGGAAGAGGCAGCUCCGGCAGACUCUGCUGGCGUUGGCGGCCUGGUGAAUGAAUGCCUUACAGAAACUUUGUAUGAAUGUUGUACUAGGGUCGUUUUAUUUAUCAGUCAUUUUUACGUUCCUUUUAGCAGAAUGGAUAUGCUUUCUAGUCAAUAAAAGAGUAAUUGACCCCAAAGCACGUCCAUGGGGGGGGGGGGGUUUCUAGACAAAAUAAUGUCUAAGUCAUCGAGCCAUGAUGAUAACAGCAUAUUUUACCACGUGGAUCUCAUUUUAAACCUGAUGUGCUUCAAGGAUCUCUUCUGCUGCAUUUCAAUGUAAAGUGGGAUUUUCUGCAUCUCCUUUCAAAAAAAUGAUUGGUGGCAUUAAAAAAGGAAUAAUAUUUUAAAGAAACAAUACAAACAAAUAUAUUAAAAAAAAAACAAAAAACAAGAGAGCAAAAUUUAAUGGGAAAUGCCAUGAUAGAAACAGCUUUUGGCCCUAAAUGGUCAAAGGUCAGGUCCUGUCUCACAGGACUGCAGCAGCUGGCAGGGAGCUUAUACCUCAGUAAACUGAAAACUGGAUCUGAGUCACGAUGCUGCGUUCGCAGUUAAACUUCAGCCGAUGCCUCCGAAGUGACGAGUCCGCUAACCUUGACUGAUCCAACAAACGGGUCUGUUGUCCAUUAAAAGCCACAUACCUUUCAUCAGCGCUUACUGUUUCCCAUGCUGUCACAGUGAAAGUAUUUAAUGGUGUAAUGUACAUCUUUGCCUUAGGUAUUACAUGCUGCUGGGGUCAACUUAAAAAAAAAAGGGGGAUUUUCUUCAAAUCAUUCGCAAAUUUCACUUCACAUGAAAACGACUGACUGCUCUAGCUUUAAAUGAACGCUAAGCAGUUUUAUCACAUUUCACGGUGCUGCAAAGCAUUUUUUCAUAUAUAAUAUGAUUGUUUUCUCUACCAUCUGCAAGUAAACACGAUUACUUGUAUCUAGGGCUGCAACUAACAACUAUUUUCUUUCUCGAUUCAUCUGCCCAUUCUUUUUUUUGUUUCAUCUAUUUGUGGUUUGGUCUAUGAAAUAUAGAAAAACUGUGAUCAAUAGAAUUAACCUGAGAGUCGCUGAUCUCAGAUUAAUUCUCAGAUCAUAAACUCUAUCAAAAAAACAACCUUUGUUGGUUAUAAUAAUAAUAACAAAAAUAAUAAUAAUAAUUUUAAUAGAAAUAUUUCAAUAUUUCUUCCUGGUUUUUCGGUUACUUCCUAAACAGUUUCCUGUCUGCCUCUCGGCUACAUAUCGUCAAUUAAAGACGACAACAGUUUUGAACAUGAAGACCGAAAUCCAAAGAAAAACACAACUCAGCAGUUAAAAUGUCACAUCGCAGAUCAUAGUCCUUUGCUUGCCUAAGCGCUCUCACUGAAAAGAGACACCCACUCACUCCUGUGUUGACAGCUGAAUGACGACUCGUAACCAUACAGAGAUUUGUAAAUAGCUUUGAAGAGAAACGUUGAACGUGUGUUUUUAACCCUGUAAAAUUUCUCUUAAUAUUUUAUAUAUUUUUUAACAAUGUGCAAAUGGCAGGAUAAAGAAAACGUGUAGAAAACCCACUGAGAACAGUAUGUACAGUCUAUUUGUAUUGAUGACAACGUGCCACAGGUUUAGGCCAUGAGGGUUGGUUGGUUUGUGUCUUAGAACGAUAUAGAGACGGUUGAAUUGAUGCUUUUUAAAUCACGAUUUGGUGAAAUUGGCGUGUGUCCGUUACGAAUGAGGAGUUCAAUGAGCAGCACAAAAUGACAGGAUAGAGAGAUUUGAGAGAUGUCGGAAAACGACAUUUUUUCCUUUUUUACAAAAUAUAUAUACAGCAUCUUGCUAAUCAACUUGUGUGCAUCAGAUACACAAGAUUGAAUGUUAAUGAAUAUCGACAUAAAUGAUGAAAUUGGGGUUUUUAUAACAUCUUAGGGGGGAAAUGUUGGCAGGACUGUACGAGGAAUUUGACUCAUAUGUUCUCACAGACAAACUUCUCAUGUGUUCUGUUCUGUGGUAGUAAAAACAUCUCUUCUGUUGACUUUCUCCAGGUGACCCAGACUUAAACCUAAAAACUUUGGUCUCCGUUCAACUGCUCUAUCACAAAGUCUUAUUUGCAACAUCAUAAACUCCGAUACACCAAUUCAGCCAUCGUAAACUUCCAGCCUGGUCCAGUUCAAAUAAGGACUCCAACCACCUAAACCGGUGUGUGUCUGUGUGUGUAAGUGUGUUUUGUUGCUUGAUGAAUGUCAAAUAUGACGUGCCAAACUGAAAAAUGUGUUGAGGUGGAGAAAUUUUUGAUGUCACAUUAUAAUAUACAGAUUUUUUUAGGCCAAAAAAAAAAAAAAUACUGAUCUCAAACAUUGUUUUAUGAACUUAAUGUCAUUCAGUAUAUAAUCAUUUAGAUAUUGACUGCAUCCUUCAUUGUUGAAAUGAUGACUAAUGAAUCACAGACACUUUUUACCCCACACUCUUGUCAUGUAACCGAGCAAAUAGACAACAAUCCAGAUAACAUAAAUUUAACUUAAACCCAUUAAUCUUGACAUUUUUGCGGUUAGGUUUCCCUCUGAAACACCUUCUUGCUCCACUUGCUGGAACCUUUAUUUAAUGCUUGGGUCUGUGUUGAUCUGUGCUGCUUUUCUGGGCGAAGCAUGGCAGUCAGGGUAAGAACCCCACAGAUGAAAUGUAUGUGCUCAAGUGCAAAAAUGUAAAGCAGCCUGGACACAAGCGUCCGCAAAAUGACCGAAACUGGACAGCUUGAUUGUUUGCUGAACACACUGUAUUGUCACAUGGAUGUAUCAAGAGCAUUUCAAUCAAAUGGAAGGUUGGUCACUGUUUCGUCAUGAAGAUUAUGCACAGAAAAGUUUAACGUGAAUGUGAUUUGAAGACCUGGACUGGACAGAUUGUUUUUGAGAAAAGAUUGCAUUAAAGGGGGAAAA